CUAUUGAGAACGUUACGCAUGCGCACAUUCUGUCUGCCCUUCCGAAGCCUCCUCAAAGUUGUCGCUGGAGAAUGAGAGUAGAAACGCGGCUACAUGUUGUUGGUUAGAUACGUUUAAAGUAACAGAAAUACACAUUUGUCUAAACUGAAUUUCAUGGAAGAUACUGACCUGCACCUCUCAGACGAGCCCAUGACGGGGAUGUUGGACACAGACAGCCCUGAGAGUGUGGAGUCCCCAGCCAUGGAUGGCAACGGAGAGGACUUCCUCCCUGACCUGCCUGUCCUCACGCAUGCUGCUGAAUGGACCAUGGAUCAGGAUCCCCAUAACCUCACCACGGUUAUCCACGACUCGGACUCAGAGUCAGAUCAGUCGUCGCCAGAGGUAAUAGAGCAGCACCAGGUCCAGCAGUCUGAUCUAGGAUCUGUUGAACAGGCGGUGCAGCACUUCCAGCUAGCGAGCGCUGAACUCUUCCAAGAGGAGCGUCGGGAGCAUGAGGAUUCAGAUGAGCAGUCUCGUUCUCCACGGGCAGAACAACAGAACCAAAUGGAGGCAUCGUCAGACGAGAGUCAGGAUGGACACAACAACACAGCCACAGAGCCUUUGAUACAGAGCGAGAAGUUGUCCGACACUGGAGAACAGCAACAAGAUCCAGUCCAAGCCCAGCCACCAAUGGUUGCAGAAGAUAGUAGCCCAGCUAACAUGGAACUUGAAGAAUCCAAAGAGGCAGAGCAGGUGGAACCUGUUGAGGAACCAGCUGUCCCUACAGAGCCCCUUAUCCCUUCUGAGUAUGAGAAGUUGGCUAAAGGGUGUGAGGAAAACCCUGAAGACUUCAAUGGUUGGGUCUACCUACUGCAGUAUGUGGAGCAAGAGAAUCAUCUUGGUGUGGUGAGGAAGGCGUUUGAUGCGUUUUUCUUGCGCUACCCCUACUGCUACGGCUACUGGAAGAAGUUAGCUGACACUGAGAAGAAACAUGGCAAUGCACAGGUGGCAGAGGAGGUGUACCGGCGGGGUGUGCAUGCCAUCCCCCUGAGUGUGGACCUGUGGCUCCACUACCUGUCCUUCAUCAAGGACAACGCUGACCCUGAAGACCCAGAGACACCGUCACGCAUUAGAGCUGCGUAUGAGCAUGCUGUGUUGGCAGCAGGGACAGACUUCCGCUCUGACCGUCUGUGGGAGGCCUACAUCAACUGGGAGACGGAGCAGGAGAGAUUGGCCAACGUCACGGCCAUCUACGAUCGUAUCCUGGGCAUACCCACCCAGCUCUACUCACAGCACCUCCAGAGGUUCAAAGAGCAUGUGCAGAACAACAACCCCAAACACUUCCUGUCAGAGGAGGAGUUUGUCCAGCUCAGGGUGGAGCUAGCCAAAGCCAAUGCAGUCACAGUCAAUGAGGAUGGAGAGGAAGCAAUACCCGCAGAGCCUGAGGGACUCCCAGCCGGCACCGAGGACCUCCCAGAUCCUGCUAAGAGAGUGACAGAGAUUGAGAACAUGCGCCACAAGGUGAUCGAGUCGCGUCAGGAGGUGUUCAACCAAAACGAGCAGGAGGUCAGCAAGCGCUGGGCCUUUGAGGAGGGGAUAAAACGGCCCUACUUCCACGUUAAAGCACUGGAGAAGACCCAGCUCAGCAACUGGAAGGAGUAUCUGGAAUUUGAGAUCGAGAAUGGCACUCCCGAACGCGUGGUCGUUUUGUUCGAACGCUGCCUCAUCGCCUGUGCUCUCUACGAGGAUUUCUGGAUGAAGUACGCAAAAUAUCUAGAGAGCUACAGCAUUGAGGGAGUGAGACAUGUGUACAAGAAGGCGUGUACCAUCCACCUAUCCAAGAAGCCCAACAUUCACCUGCUGUGGGCCGCGUUCGAGGAGCAGCAGGGGAACAUAGAGGAGGCGCGCGGCAUCCUGAAGUCUCUGGAAGAGGUGGUACCGGGCCUGGCCAUGGUGCGUCUGCGGCGGGUCAGCCUGGAACGUCGCCACGGCAACCUGGAGGAGGCAGAGGCCCUGCUGAGCGAGGCGAUGGCAUCGGGGAAGAACGCCAGCGAGACGUCAUUCUACGCCGUGAAGCUGGCCCGGCAGCUGCUGAAGGUGCAGAGGAGCCUCACCAAGGCCCGCAAAGUGUUGCUGGAAACCAUAGACAAGGACCAGACGAGUCCUAAGCUGUACCUGAACCUGCUAGAGCUGGAGUACAGUGGGGACGUGCAGCAGAAUGAGGCUGAAAUCUUGGCCUGCUUCGACCGCGCCCUGAGCAGCCCGCUGCCCCUCGACUGCCGCCUCACCUUCUCUCAGCGCAAGGUCGAGUUCCUCGAGGACUUUGGCAGCGACAUCAAUAAGUUAGUGACUGCAUACGAUGAACACCAGAAGCUUCUGAAAGAAAAUGAAUCGACAAAGAGGAAAGCAGAGAAUGGCUCCCAGGAGCCCGAGUCGAAGAGACAGCGUACAGACGACCACCCAGGCUCAGGGCACAUGAUGCAGGGGGACAACUCUGCCUACAACUACAACUGGUACCAACAACAGUACAAUAACUGGGGCCAGCAUUCCUGGGGACAGUACAACCAGUAUGCCCAGCAGUAUAACCAGUACUACCCCCCUCCACCAACAUGAUGUUUCAAAGACUGAUGGACAGAGAUCCUUCUGAAGGAGGAAAUUCAAGAGGAAGCAUCCUUUCUACCCAGCCCAACUUCUCAGCUCAGCUCCUCUUUGAUUUGUUGUUUAUGUCCUUUUGUUUCCAUUGGCCAUUUGACAUAUUCAUUGUAAUCACCAUCUCACCAUCAUUCAUUCAUUGACUGGCUGUUUUUUGUGUUCUUUACGCAUGUGUUGGUAAUGCGGACUUCAAGAUUAUUAUUUGUUUUCCCCCCACAGUCAAAAUUACGCCAAAUUAUAUUUUUAAUUUUAGAUUGGUUCCUCUUCGAUAUCUCUGUGUGGGGAAACUAGUUAUGUUUGAUACAGAUUAUAGAUUCGUAUGGAGGUAGUGAUACCUGCUGUGCUCCGAGUCCUCCCUCAGCCUCUUCUCUGCUUUCCUAAGAUUAAGUUUUUUUUUUCUAGGACAAGAACAGAAAUGAAUGAAGAUUCUUUUUUUGUGUUUUAUUUUUUUUGACUUAAUUUCAUAAUAAAGACAUUCUCCUA